AUGGUCGUCCCAACAACAACCAAAGCCCCCCAUUCGGGCCCCAAACUCCCCCACCAAGCGCCCCUAGAAUCCAUCAUCAAAGACAAACCUUCACAAAAACUCAUCAUUUCCCUCUCCCUCCGUCUUCGACGAGGUCAAAUCACAACCCCUGAAGCCGUUUCCGAAGCCACCGCAAAAGCCCUCCGCUCUGUCGUAUCCUCCGCUAAAUACAACUCGAUGCAAGAGUUGAUCGAUAUUAUUAAAGCCGCUGGACGAUACUUACAGCUUUCGCAGCCGGCAGAGCAGAGUAUUGGGAACAUCACGAGGAGGGUUGUGCAUUUGUUAAGGGAGGAAGCUAAAGCAGCAUUGUUAGAGGCUCAUGAGAAAGAGGUCGAGAGGGGAGGGAUGGGAAUUUUAGGUGGUGGAGGUAGUGCUGGAGGCAGUGGGGGCGGGAGUUUGAGUAAUAGUAUUACGGAUCUGCAUUUAGCUACUGCUUUCGGGGGUGCAUCUACAGGGAGCUCUUCCAAUUCUGUUCCUCAGCUAAGCGCUAGAAAAAGUGCAGGUCAUUCACAAUUCCCAUCCACCUCCUCAAUCUCAAGCACAGAUCGCAACGCAACCAGACCAGGACCAUACCCACUACGGUCAGCCACCGACUCCACCCAUCACGGAGGAGCAUUCGUCCAUGGCUCAUUUUCCAUCUCCGAUCUCGUUGCUGCUGGAGCUAUGGCCGCUUCUACUUCGAGCAGUCUCGCUCACACUCCUAAUGAUGGAGGAAGCUAUGCUUCCACCCCUCACGCUUCCCUCUCUAGAAAAGGCUCGGGGGUGUUUGAUGCGAGUUUUACGCAAUUCUCCCAGCAAAUGUCCAGUGUGAGCUUGGCGGAGGAUCCUGCGGGUGAGGCGGAGGCAGAGAGGGAACACAAUAAUGCGAUGUCGAAAUUUGCUUCUGCUCCUGCCGCCGACUCGGACUCGGACGAGUCAGAAGAAAGCAAGGAAGAGGAUGGGGAAGGGGAAGGGAGAUUGGUUACGGGGAAGAAAUCAGCCGGGGCUUACUUCCUGAAGCCUCUGUUGAUUCAGGCGAUUCAGGAUCUGAUCGACGAAUUGGAGACGGUGGAUGAUAACAUUUCCAAAGUCUCCCGCGAUCACAUCCACUCUGGAGAAGUCAUCCUCACUUUAGGCUCCUCCGCUACGGUUCAAUCGUUCUUUAGCGCCGCCGCCAAGGAUCGCAAAUUCACCGUAAUCGUCCCCGAAACAGCACCUUCUUUCUCCGGCCACGACCUAGCGCGAUCCCUAACUCGCGCUGGAAUCUCGGUCCUCCUCAUCCCCGACUCGUCCAUUUUCGGUGUGAUGCCUCGAGUUAGUAAAGUAGUUCUCGGCGCACACGCAGUCCUCGCAAACGGCGGUCUAAUGUCAAGUGCUGGAGCCUUCGCCACGGCGUUAGCUGCAAAACAACAUUCAACCCCAGUAGUCAUCCUAACUGGAGUCUAUAAGAUUUGCCCGGAGUGGAGCAGUAUCCAGGACUUCGCAAACGCUUCGAGCGCCCUAGGCCCUGCGGCAUUGUUCGAGUACGCUACCAGCAGUAGCAUUGUCGAAAAUGCCGAGAUCGUGGCAAACGCAUAUGAUUACGUCCCCCCACAUCUGGUAGAUGUUUUUAUCACUAAUGUUGGCGAACAUCCGCCCAGUUAUGUUUAUCGCUUGGUGAAGGAGAACUAUCAUGUCGACGACAUUAUUCUAUAG